GUUGAAGAAUUUUCUUUUUGUGUAUUGCUAUAAAGAAGAUAAUCUAUAUACGCACUUUCUAAGUUGACAAUCACUUGAAUGCUUGGAGGGAAGGUACAUCAACAAUUUAAAUUAAUAUAUACCUAGCUAACUCCUUCUGACCUUUUAUAUAUUUAGACGCACAUAGGAGUUGCAGAAAACUUCAAGCACUUGAGAACAAAAUUUCUAAGUUAACAAUCACUUGAAAUGCUUGGAGGGAAGGUACAUGAGCAAUUUAAAUUAAUAUAUACCUAGCUAACUCCUUCUGACCUUUUUUGGGCUUAUGCUAAAACUUGUAUUUAUUGUUUUUAUCUAACUUCUUGUUUUUUUCUGUUUUGAGUAAUUGCACUAGGCUGAAUUUCUUAGGUAUAUUUCAGAUCAAUGGAGGGGGAGAAACCAUUGUACUCAUUACUAUAUUACUCAUUUGAGCUACUAGAAGUACAAUGAAAUCAAUAGAUCAAGGAGAGAUUAAGAUUGGGGAUAACAUGGUGCAGGCAGGGAGUAGAUGCAGAGAUGAUAGAUUGUCACUUCUGGGAAUGACUGCUCUUGUUACUGGUGGAACACAAGGAAUUGGGCAUGCUGUUGUGGAGGAAUUGGCAGGGCUAGGUGCAAGAGUACAUACAUGCUCAAGGAAUGAAGCCAAUCUCAAUGCAUGCUUACAUGAUUGGGAGAUGAAGGGUUUCCAAGUCACAGGUUCAGUUUGUGAUGUGAUGUCUCGAGGUGAACGAGUCAAGCUGAUGGACACAGUAUCCUCAGUGUUUAGCAGGAGACUUAAUAUACUUAUAAACAAUGUGGGGACAAACAUCUGGAAACCGACUGUAGAUUACAUAGCUGAAGAAUUCUCUACUGUUAUGACUACCAAUCUUGAAUAUGCUUACCAUUUAUGCCAGCUGGCACAUCCUCUUUUGAAAGCAUCAGGAGUAGGAAGCAUUGUUUGUAUUUCUGCUAUUGCUGGUGUGGUGGCACUAAAUGUUGGAUCUAUUUAUGGUGCAAGUAAAGGAGCAAUAAACCAACUAACUAAAGAUUUGGCAUGCAAGUGGGCGAAAGACAAUAUUAGGAGUAAUUGUGUAGCACCUUGGUUUAUCAGAACCCCCUUGGUUGAAGCUAUAAACAAUGUGGGGACAAACAUCUGGAAACCGACUGUAGAUUACACAGCUGAAGAAUUCUCUACUGUUAUGACUACCAAUCUUGAAUCUGCUUACCAUUUAUGCCAGCUGGCACAUCCUCUUUUGAAAGCAUCAGGAGUAGGAAGCAUUGUUUGUAUUUCUUCUAUUGCUGGUGUGGUGGCACUAAAUGUUGGAUCUAUUUAUGGUGCAAGUAAAGGAGCAAUAAACCAACUAAAGAUUUGGCAUGGGAGUGGGCCAAAGACAAUAUUAGGAGUAAUUGUGUAGCACCUUGGUUUAUCAGAACCCCCUUGGUUGAAGCUGCUCUCAAUGACUAGCAAUUUUCGAAAUUGGUAAAUGCAAGAACUCCUCUUGGACGCCCUGGAGAGCCAAAGUUUUGUCCCUUGUGGCAUUCCUUUGCCUGCCUGCAUCCUCUUACAUAACCGGGCAGAUUAUUUGUGUGGAUGGAGGGGGGCAGUGAGUGACUGACAAUAAACAUCAAUCUCCUUAUGAUUUUUAAAUGAGACAUUUCCAUAUGUUCUCUACUGUAAAAGUGGCAUUUUAAAUUCCAUCCAAUGUGAACUGGAUGAGGGUGAGAGGUAAAUUUGUAACCCUCCUGAUCUAAUUAUCUUGACAAUGGGAGAAAAAAAAGAGAGGAUAAAUCGCAAAGCUUUCCUUCCA